UCCACAUAAAAUGGCGGCGUCUGUAUAUGAAACGUGAAUGACAUUUGAGUGUAUGUAGGUAUGAAUUCGAUUCCUUAGUGUUAUUGGGCAAUCUAGAGCACUAUAUUUAAAAUAUUUACAACAUUUGUAGUUAUAUGACAAAUAAUAAUCAUCGUAUUGGUUAGUUGGUGUUCCGGGGAAGAGGCAGAACGUAUUGUUUGGGUUGAAGAUGUCAGCGCUGGGGAGUUUUUUGAGGGCCGGGGUGUCUUUUUGUCGUUCUACACUGCUUGAAUCAACGAGGCAUAUCUCCACAGGUGUAUGCAGAAGAAUCAGAAUGCAUUCCAUUCCACCGCUCAAAGUGACGGACAGGUGGACGGAGAAGCGCAGCAUGUAUGGUGUCUAUGACAACAUUGGAAUUCUGGGUGACUUCAAAGCCCACCCACGAGACUUGGUCGUGGCUCCGGUUUGGCUAAAGGGUUUCCAGGGUAACGAACUGCAGCGCCUCAUACGGAAGAAGAGGAUGGUGGGGGACAGGAUGAUGACGGCCGAUCGGCACAACCUUGAGAAGAGGAUCAAAUUCCUUUACAGACGCUUCAACAGAUACGGCAAACACAGAUGAUCAGUGUUCAGCACCUGAUGAACAGCUUUGAUCCGUCAUCGCACUUAACUCGCUAACUUACCACUCUCAGAAUGAUGUGUAAUUACAGUAUAGCUGGCCUCGGCUGUAGCGGUUGGCUUAGUAAAUGUUGGAUGAUGUCAUCUACUUUGGCUUGACCGAUAAGUUGAUGAUGUGGUGAAUGCUGUGCUAGUUAUUUCAAUUUUUUUCCUCCUUCUUUUUUUUUUUUAAAAACGUGAGGGAGGUUUAAAUAAACUGAAUUAAUAAAAUUGU